CAAAGACAUUUGCUUUUGUAACUUUUUUUCAACUCCUAAAACAUUCUUUCUUGUAACUUCUCUCCUCUUUAAACCUAAAAAAGCUUUCUUCGCUAAAAGCAAAAAACAAAACACACACACUCACACAUGGAUACACAACACUCUCCAGGAGGUAAGAGCCAUGUCUGCAGUAAAUGUGGUUGGAAUUACCCAAAUCCACAUCCUAGUGCUAAAAACAGGCGUGCCCACAAGAAAAAUUGUGGAACCAUCAAAGGAUUUGAGAUCCUUGGUUCCGACCAGAGUCUUGAUUUGCAGAAAGAAGAACAUUGUUUUGAUGAUGAACAAAAAACCCCAAGUCCGAGAGUUGUGAAGGAUGAGAGAAUUGGGGAUAUAAGUGAAGAAGAUGUGUUUGCAGAUGCUGUUUGUGAAUUUUCUAGCAGCCUUGUAUCUGAUUCUAUCAUUAAGGAAAAGGAGGAAGAGACAGCAGCAGAAUGUAAUCCUGGUGAACCUCAGCAUUGCAACAAAAGCCCUGAAGUGGUUCAAGAGAGAUUGGAUGUUCUUCCACCUGUCCAAGUCCGUGAAGCAGAUACAUGUGGAGAAAGUUCACCUGACUCCAUGGUUGAGCAAUCACAUGAAGCUCAGGUCAUUCAUGAUGGUCUUACCAUAUCUAAUGUUGGAUUAGAGACAGAAGGCAAAGGAAAUGUAGCGGAUGAAUCUGAAUCUAUGUUAGCAUCUGCAUUAGGAAAGAGAGUGGUUACUUCCACUUCAUCAUGGAACGAUGAAGUGAUUUACUCGGACUUGGAGGGUCCCCAUGGAUUUUCAUUUUCUGUUGAAGAAAUGAAUAUGAAUCCUCCUGGUGAAGCUGACUCUACAGUAGUGAGUGACAAGAAUCCGGUCGAUACUCCUCCUGUAGAAACCAUUGCAGACCAAGUUAUCGACACCACUCUAUCUGCUCUUGAUGCCCUACCUCUUGCAGAAAAUGAUCAUCUCUCUUUGCAUGGAACCAAAGGCCUUGAAGACAAGCUUCCCUCGGAAGACUUAAGCAUCGGCAUGGAAGUUCCUUUACCAGACAAACUUCCCUUGGCAGACAAAACUGAACCUCAAGACCAGACUUCUUUGGUUGCGCUCCCCAGCGCAGAGAACAUAGUAAUGCCCAAGAUUGACCCUGCUGAAGAUAACAAAAUGAAUCCUGAAGAGGGUGAACCAUCAUUUGGUGCUUCCCAAGAAGCUGUUGUAUCAGAAACCGUGACAACUUUGGUAGAUCCUAUUGUUGCUGGCUCGAAGGCUGAUGUGAGCCAUUCAGAUCUCAUUGCUCCUGAGAUUGAACUUAUUCAAGCAAAUGUUGUAGCUGAGGAGAACAACAGCCCAAUUAGCGAGCUCAGUUCACAAUCCUCUUCUGCUGUUGAACACUAUGUUUCUCCAGUGUCUGUUGCAUUGGAAGGAGAUGUACCAAACGUUCAGAAUAAAAGUUCAACAGAAACAUCUAAAGACUCCAUCCUCCAAAUCGGUGCUGAAGCCAUUGAAAUUACUGAAAAAGAUGAUUGCACUACACCUAAUCAAAAGUUGCUGGAAAAGGGAAGGACAGAACCCAAUAGAGUUGUUGGUGGCUUAGGGGUUAUUCAAGCAAAUGAGAUUGAUGAUGGUAAUGUCAAAGCACACAACAUUUACGCUGAAGUCCCUGUGACAAUUGAAUCAAAUGACCAUAGAGAUUUCGGGAGGUUGCAGAAUCUUUCAGAAGCACAGAUUAGAUCUCUGGUUUUGAGUCCGCUAGUCACUAGAGAUAACACAUCCAAUGCCAUUUCAGGACAUAGUGAACCUGAAAACGGUCUGUCAAAGAACCAAGAGAUCACAACAAGCUGGAGCACAGGGAAGGAGGAGCACGUCCCGCUGAAGAACCUUCUGAAUGAAGCAAGAUCACCAAGGCUAGUAGCAGCAGAGGCAAGUAAGAUACAGAGAGUGAGCUCGAUACUGGAUCAAGAGACUUCCCCUGAUGGCAACAGUGGCUGGCCAGAGAGAAGAGAAGUGAGCGAGGAGUGGAAUUCACCAGCAAAGUAUCCAGUGGAGAGGAAAGUGAAAGGAAAACCCUUUUGGGUGCCCUUUGUUUGCUGUUCCUCCUCUGCUAAGUAAUAAGUCAAGUCUCUCUCUUUUGUAUAAUUCUAGUAGGAUAUGAUGAAUGAAUGAAUGAUUCUAAGAACUUAUCUACAAGCUUUAGUUGUUUGGUUCUUGUAGGAGCCUUUGCAGACCACUUAAGGAUUUGACUUCUUUUUUUUUUUAUCAUAUGACUAUUUUAUUAUGACUCUUUCUAUUC